GACUGCUUCUACUAUUGUGUCUGAUGAUGACACUACUUCCUCACUGUUUACAAGGUCAGAAAUCCUACCUCGGUAACUGUGGUUCUUAAACGAGAAGAAAAAAAGGCUGUUCUUUUUCUGAGUUAUUUUUUAUUCUAAUUUAUACAUUUCACCAUGGCUGAAGGCGGUGGAGGUUAUCGUGUUGAAAUUGCAAAAACUGGCAGAGCUAGUUGUAAAAGUAAUCUCUGUGGAAGGUCGAAAAUUGAGCGUGGACAGCUUCGAUUCGGUUCCUUUGUUGACUCAGGUCGCUUUCAAAGCUGGAUGUGGAGACACUGGGGUUGUGUUACUGAACGUGUCAUUCAAAACGUAGAAAAAAAAUUAGAAGGGAACAUUGUCGAUAACCUUGAUGGUUUUGAUGAAAUAGAGGAUGAAGCUGUUCAAGAGAAAAUUAUACGAGCUUUUAAACAGGGUCAUGUGGAUGAUGAAGAUGUAGAAGCUUCUAGCUCCAUGGCACCAGAAGAGAACGAGCACGACGAGGAAGGCGUAAAAGAAGAAAUUUUAACCACGGAAGAAGAAGAGGAGCCACUUGAGGAAGUCAAAGGAAAGCGAAAGCGUAAUUCCAAAGCCCCUAACAAAAAAACAGAACCUAAGCCAUCAAAGGAAAACGCCAAGAAACCAAAGCUCGAGGUUGUAAGCGAUGAAGAAGAAGAAGAAGAAGAGCUAUUGCCGGAGAAUGAGGACGAUGCUGAAGAAGAAGACCAAGAUGAUCAAGAUGGUAGUGAAUCAGAGGAAAAGUCCCCCAAAAAAACGAUUGCCUCGGAUCGUCCAAAACGCUCUACUAGGAACCCUGUCAAGUAUGCUGAAAGCGGUGAAGAGUACUCCGACAGUGACUAGUGAUAUUGAACAUGAUAUGAAUAUAAACUUUUAGUUUAUGAAAGAAUCUGAGCAAAUAUUACCAUAAAACUUAUUUCUUUAUUCAUGACGUUAAACCUCAACGUAGUCAAUUAACAUACAGG